UGGCCCAACUCUCCGAAGCCCGAUGGGAGCAUCUUUCUCUUACCUAAUACGAUGCCACGAAACAUCUAGAGAUCUCGUUGUGGGCUCUAUUUCUUGAAUAGGCUAUAGCAAAACUAGGAAAAGCACAAGACGCUUCUAGAAUUCUGAUUCCACCUUCAUACUCACACAUGACUACUCGCUUCCGUGCCUGACUGUCACUGUGCGACCUGCUUAGAUGGGAAGAUUUUCUGCGCAGAUCCCAAUCCAGCUCGGGACGUUCCCUGACCGUGCCCCGAAACAGUACAUGCCUCCCGAUUUAUAUGUGAGACCUUCCUUGAUCGUGUUUGUCCCCCUUCCUCAGGUUUUACUUUUCAUCUGUUGAUAGUGUUCGCAUUCUUCGCGUCGUUUCUUGGAGCUAUGGAUAGCACCUCAAAUCAAGUCAUUUCAUCGAAUUCAAGGUCCUUCAUGGCGUGCUCUGGGAAACAAUCUUCUUUAGUCACGAAGCUCGAAUGCCUACUCAAACGCAUUCAAUGGUUCAAUGUAGCUGUCGUUACAUUAAUGCCCGCGACAGCUGUCUACGGCUCAUAUACCACAGCAUUGCGAUCGCCAACAUUGAUGUUCUGUGCUCUGUGCUAUCUGUUAAAUAUGAUCGGAGUUACCGCCGGAUAUCACAGACUUUGGUCACAUCGUUCAUACAACGCGUCAUGGCCUCUUCAAUUAUUCUUGGCUAUUGCGGGUGGGGCCGCUGUUCAGGGAUCAAUCCUAUGGUGGUCUCGCGGCCACCGUGCACAUCAUCGAUACACCGAUACUGACCUAGACCCCUACGGUGCUCAUCUCGGACUAUGGCACACGCACAUUGGAUGGAUGCUCGUAAAGCCCUCGACCAAACCCGGCGCGGCGGAUACGAGCGACCUCAAACGAAACCCAAUCGUUCACAUGCAACAUCGGUACUACUUUCCUCUUGCGAUCUUCUUCGGUCUUAUCCUUCCCUGUUGCGUACCUGGGUUGCUGUGGGGUGACUGGCGCGGGGGAUUCUUUUACGCGGGUUGCUCACGCUUGACCUUCGUACACCAUUCCAUCUUUAGUGUGAACUCGGUGGCCCACUGGCUGGGAGAGACGACAUAUGAUGACAAGCACACCCCUCGGGACCAUCUUCUCACAGCUUUACUUACAUUGGGGGAAGGCUACCACUGUUUCCACCACCAGUUUCCGAUGGACUACCGUAAUGCGUUCAGGUGGUACCAGUAUGACCCGACCAAAUGGUUCAUAUGGGUCUGCAGCAAGCUGGGUUUCGCAUCACAUCUAAGGACUUUCCCGGAGAACGAGAUCCGUAAGGGUGCACUCACGAUGCAGCUCAAAAGGCUGAAGGAAGAAGAAGACUCGCUUCAGAAGCCUCUUGACUCGACGAACCUUCCGGUGAUUAGUUGGGAAUCAUUCCAGGACCAAGCGAAACAUCGGCAUCUUCUCCUGGUCUCUGGUUUUAUUCACGACAUCGGGACCUUCUUAGACGAUCACCCCGGUGGACGUCCCAUCGUUGAGUCGAUGGUAGGAAAGGAUUCCACGACCGCCUUCUUUGGCGGCGUUUACGAUCACUCGAACGCUGCCCACAACCUCCUGGCUACCAUGCGCGUGGGCGUUCUGCAUGGCGGCGUCGAGCAUAUUUCUCAGGAAGCCAUACCUCCUUGGCGACGAUUGAAGAUUGUCACACAAGGUGAAGGUGAUGCUCAAUGAGGUGUAACCUAAGAAGUUGUCGUUAUGUAGAUGCGGUUCUUAGCCAUUGUGGCACACGCCUAUCCAUGCUACUCAUACUCUUUUCGUCAAAAAUGUAUAGUCUAUGUUCGAAGAGC